UUAUUUCAGGCCAACAUUGGACAAGAUGAAGAUUUUGAAGCUGCAAGAAAAAAGGCAGAAAGUCUUGGUGCAAAGAAGAUUUUCAUUGAAGAUCUGCGCAAAGAGUUUGUGGAGGAUUUCAUCUGGCCUUCAGUUCAGGCUAAUGCAGUUUAUGAGGAUCGCUACCUGAUGGGAACUGCAAUAGCAAGGCCUUGCAUUGCCCGUCGCCAAGUUGAGAUCGCACGGAAAGAGGGCGCCCAGUUUGUCUCCCACGGUGCCACCGGGAAGGGAAAUGACCAGAUACGCUUUGAACUCACAUGCUACGCCCUGUACCCUGAGGUCAAGAUCAUUUCACCAUGGAGAAUCCCUGAGUUUUACAACCGCUUCAGAGGGAGAAAAGACCUGAUGGAAUAUGCGCAGGUAUUUGCAACAACCAUGCACAAUGCUUUAAUAUCACAGCGUCUGUUUGUUGAAAUAAGUUAUGAACUUGUAAACAAAAGGAAAAUACUGAUUUUUCAAUAAACAUUUACAAACAAC